AUGCGUGUAAGCUGUUCACAAUUCACGAACACCGUUUUCAGAGAGCUGAUAGACAAGACGCGCGUUACUUGCAUCAAGUGGGUGCCUGGAUCCAGUAACCUCUUCAUUGCGGCGCACGCGUCCGGUCAGCUUUACGUUUACAACGAGGAGCUGACGUGCGGCACUGCCACCCCGCACUAUCAGCUGUUCAAGCAAGGCGACGGAUACUCGAUACACACGUGUCGGACAAAGUCCACCAGGAAUCCGCUGUACAGGUGGCUAAUAGGCGUCGACGGCAGCUGUAUCAACGAGUUCGCGUUCUCGCCGUGCGGCACCAACUUGGCGGUGGUCUCCCAGGACGGGUUCCUCAGGGUGUUCCACUACGAUACGAUGGAGCUGAUCGGCAGGGCGCGCUCCUACUUCGGCGGUUUCCUGUGCGUGUGCUGGUCGCCCGACGGCAAGUACGUGGUAGUGGGGGGCGAGGACGACCUGGUCACCGUUUGGUCCUUCGGCGAGCGGCGCGUGGUGGCCCGCGGCCAGGGCCACCGCUCCUGGGUGUCCGUGGUGGCCUUCGACCCGUACGUGGUCAGCUUCAGCGAGGGCGAGCACGAGGAGGCCGCCGAGGAGGAGGGCACGGGCGAGAGCGUGCAGUGCUACAGGCUGGGCAGCGUCUCGCAGGACACGCAGCUGUGCCUGUGGGACCUGACCGAGGACGUGCUCCGGCCGCCGGUGCGGGCGCGCGCCUCCGCCCACCUGUCGCCCAACGGCGCGCCGGCCGGCAAGCCGCCGCCCAAGGCCGCCAAGGGCAACCGCGUCGCCCACAAGCACGCCGAGCUGGGCGGCCUGGCCAACGCCGCCGGCGAACCGUCCGCCGCCAAGCCGGCCAAGCCCAAGCCGAACAACGUCUCCACGCUCAACAUCAGCGUGGGCAAGGCGAAGGAGGAGGGCUCCGGCUCGCUGGGCGCCAACUUCACCCAGCGGCUGGCCGGCUUCUCGUUCGGCGAGCGGCGCUCCGACCACCGGCGCAACUUCAGCCUGUCGAAGGCGGCCGACGGCACGGUGGCCCUGCGCGCCAGGUCGGCCGACGCGUGCGACCCGCUCAAGCUGAUCGGCACGCCGUCCUGCCCGCGGUUCGACGAGUGCCCGGUGCUCGAGCCGCUCGUCUGCAAGAAGAUUGCGCACGAGCGGCUCACCGCGCUCCUGUUCAGGGCGGAGUACUUCGUCACGGCGUGCGCGGACGGCUGCGUGAACACGUGGGCGAGGCCGGCGCGCGCGCACAACGGCGACGCGCGCCCGCGCAGGUGCGACCGCAUCGAGCUGGUGGAC